AUGGAGCUGGGAAAAAUUCAUCUGAAUCUAAAGACUGUGCUCCUGACGAUGAUGAUGUUCAAAUGGGGAAUCCUCUGCACAGCCACAUCAGACAAAUGUUUGUCGGCACCUUGCCAGAACGGAGCUUCUUGUGUGGACACCAUGGAUGAUUAUGCCUGUAUCUGUGCCAGAGAGGGGGUCCGGUACAUGGGCAAAAGCUGCGAGGAGCUCUAUGACGCCUGCUUCUUUGCUCCAUGCGAGAACUGCAGCAGCACCCCCGGCACCACGGAGUACCACUGCAUCUGCCCGGACGGACUGACGGGUGAUAACUGCACCGAGGAGGUGGACGAGUGUCAGAGCGACCCCUGCUCUGAACCCCGCUCUGUGUGCGUGGACCAGCUCAAUGGAUACUUCUGCAGGUGUCCUGCUGGCUACGGAGGAUGGGACUGCAGGACGCAUGUGACCGACUGCAUCGAUGAUCCCUGUAGGAACAACGGGACUUGUGUAUUACGACCGGAGGGCUUCGAAUGCCGCUGCGCGCCGGGGUUCCAGGGGACAACCUGUGAGGAAGACGUGAAUGAGUGUUCAUCGGAGCCCUGUCAGAACGGGGCUAUCUGUGUGGACGGGGUGGCGGAGUUCCACUGCUUCUGUGUGCCUGGAUUUCAGGGCUUUAACUGUGAGAUCGACAUCAACGAGUGUGCGUCACGACCCUGUGAGAACAACGCCACCUGCAUCAACGAGAAGGAUCACUACGAGUGUGAGUGCCUGGUGGGGUUUGCAGGAGUCAACUGUGAAACUGAAAUAGACGAGUGUGAGUCCAGCCCCUGCCGCAACGGCGCCACCUGCCACGACCUGGUCGGCAUGUACUCCUGCGAGUGUCCGCCCGGGUUCGACGGCGUCGACUGUGAGGUCGAUGUCGAUGAGUGUGUCAGUGGGCCCUGUCAGAACGGAGCUGUCUGUCAUGACAUGGUGAACAGCUAUGAAUGUGACUGCAGUGAUACAGGAUUCGAGGGUGAUUACUGUGAAGUGGACAUCCCUGAGUGUGCCUCUGAUCCCUGUCAGCAUGGUGCCACAUGUAUAGAGGGAAUCAAAGGAUACACCUGUCUCUGCUGGCCAGGGUAUGAAGGACCAAACUGUGAGACGGAUAUCGACGAGUGUGUCGAGCAGCCCUGUGAGAACGGCGGGGAGUGUUUCGAGCGUUCGGAUCCGUCCCACUGGGAGCUGGACUGGGAGCUCAGCUUUGCAGAUGCAGCUGGAUAUAUCUGCCAGUGUCAGCCAGGGUUUGCAGGGGAGAACUGCUCCGUCAACAUUGAUGAGUGUGAGUCUGAACCCUGUCAGAAUGGAGGCACUUGUGAGGAUAAGAUCAACGGCUACACCUGUACAUGCUCGGCCGGAUUUCUAGGUGAGCUGUGUGAAGUCAACAUUGAUGAAUGCGAGAGCCAGCCCUGUCAGAAUGGAGGCUGGUGUGAGGACGGCAGGGCGUCCUACACCUGCCACUGUCCCGAAGCCGAGCCGGGGGAACUUCCUUGGGGAAGUGAUCACUGCGAUGUGAAACUCCACGGCUGUGUGGACCACGAAUGCCAGAACGGAGCCACCUGCCACCCGUGGCUGGAGGGUGGAGAACACGGCCAUACGUGCUUGUGCCCUCAUGGCUUCUUUGAUGAACAGUGCUCCACGAGGACAACUUUCUCCUUCUCCACCCCUGGAUUCAUUCACAUCCAGGUCGUUCUAGAAGAAAGGAGCCGCAGGGAGGUGGAGCACCGUGUCCACCGUGGCUUUGGGGUACAGCUACGCUUCCGGACGACUAUACCCAAUAUGCUGCUCUUCUACAGAGGGGAUGUGGACAGUCACCUCCUGCUGGAGAUCCUGAAUGGUGGGCUUCACGCAAAAGCCUUUUCUGAGGAGUCUGAGAUGGAUGUAACGUUUCCUGGUUUGGUUAGUGAUGGAGACUGGCGAGAUGCUCAUGUGUUCAUAGAUAAUGACGGUCUGGUUUUGAUUCUGAAAGGCCCUGGCUGUGACAGGGAUGGAUGCAGAGUUAUAGAUGGUGCCGAUGAACCACCUUUCCAGCCCUCUGAAGCCUUCGCUCAGAUCUAUGUAGGUGGAGCACCGGAGGAGCUUUUAGAGUACUCUGUAAGUGGUACAGGCUUCAUCGGCUGUAUGGAAGACCUGAUGAUCGACUCUAAGCCUAUCCUACCCCAAACUCUCCCAGAGGACCAAGGCCAUGAACUGGGCUGCAGUAAGACCGAGUGGUGUAAGCCUGACCCCUGCCAUGGACAUGGACGCUGUGUGGACCUGUGGACCAGCUAUCAGUGUGACUGCUACCGUCCCUUCCACAGUGAGAGCUGCUCUGAAGAAUUCCCCUCAUGGACAUAUAGCCAUGAGGACACUGUGAGUUUCAGUGCCUAUGAUGUCGGGAAGAACCACGGGAGCAACUUUAACGUGUCCUUCUUCCUGAGGUCAUUAAAGCCAGACGGGCUGCUGUUCCAGCUGAGGAGACCCACAGAGGAAGAGGGGGGAAAGGUCUACUUCACAAUCUACCUGAGGAUGGGGAGGGUCUUUGUCAGCUCUCUGCCGAACGGUGCCUCACUGACAGCUCCCAUAUUUGUGACCACUGGUGAGAAGCAGCUUCUGCAGGUGGAAGUCCAGCACAGACAGGUGAUCUUUGAGCACGCAGGCCUUCGCUAUGGAAUAGGAGAGAUCCCUGAUGUCGAUGUUAGCAGUGGAGAUCAGGCCUAUGUAGGAGGACUUCCAGGAGACCUGGACUCUCAUGUGUGGGGGGGGCAUUACAAAGGUUGCCUGCAGGACCUUCGUUUAGACUCGGUGCAUCUGGACGUGGACGCGUGGAACAGCUCGGACGAGGAGGAGGUGUAUUUACCAAGUGAUGCUGAAAAUGUAGAGAAGGACUGUGUCAGUGAUGACACUUGCAAGAUGAAGCCUUGUCAGAACGGAGGAGAAUGCACCAUCACUUUCAAUGAUUUCACGUGUUCCUGUCCGGAAGAAUACACCGGAAAGACCUGCAAAACACGUGUGUGGUGUGUCAGUGAUCCUUGUGUCAAUGGCGGCCAUUGUGUGGACCUCCCUGAUGGAUAUGAAUGUGUUUACAACGCCACCUUUGAGAACAACCCUGUGCACUACAGUGCUGGAGGCUCCCUGGCUGAGCCUGUCUCUAACAUAUACAUGGAACUGCGCACUCGCUCAGAGAACGCCGUGCUCCUGAGGGCCUCCUGGGGCUCUGACCUGCUGAUGGUGGGUCUGCUGGACGCCUCGGUCCGGGUGGAGAUCCACAUCGGUAACAGCGUCGAGACGCUGACGUUCACGGGAGCUCGUCGAGUGGCUGACGGGAGCUGGCAUCGCGUGAACAUCUCGAUGGCAGAGAGGGACCGCAAAGCCUCUCCCUGGGUUAUCGUUGUGGAUGGAAUCACAGACGCCAGCAGCGUACCGGAGCUCACGGGAAGCCUCCACUUCCUCAAUGAGAAGGGAGCCACACUGGCUGUUGCAGAGAGCUUCACCGGCUGCUUGGGUGCAGUGAGGCUCGGGGGAGUCUACCUUCCUUUUGUGGAUGACUAUAAAGCCCCUCAGCCAUCUCAGUUCCAUUUAGAUGGAAAACCAAAGAUCCAUUUAGGUUGCACCAGCGCCCCUGUUUGUGAUUCAGAUCCUUGUCUGAAUGGAGCCACAUGUGAAGACCUCUUUAAUAAAUUUGGCUGUGCCUGUGACUUGGGCUGGGAGGGGGAGCAGUGUGAAACAGACACUGAUGACUGUGCGUCUCAACCCUGUGUUCACGGAAGCUGUAAGGACUACUUAGCUGGUUUCGAGUGCCGUUGCCACCCUGGAUAUGCGGGCACCCUUUGUGAUGAGGAUCUCGAUGAAUGUGAGCAUCAUGCCUGUGAACAUGGAGGCACCUGUCAGGAUGGACCCAACAUGUACACCUGUAUAUGCCCCAAGGACUACACAGGCCCUCUGUGCCAGUGGGACUAUCCUCCAAUACAGUGUGGUGACGAUGUCCAGUGUGCAAAUGACGGGGUCUGCAGUGACGGGCUGUGGGGGGCUAACUGUACCUGCAUGCCGGGUUUUACAGGCAGCAGGUGUGAAAUGGAGAUUGAUGAGUGCCAGUCUAAUCCCUGUAGAAAUGGUGGCUCCUGUUUGGAUCGAUUCAACAUGUUUGUGUGUGAAUGCCCGCCUGGCUACAGCGGUCCAAUCUGUGACACUAACAAACAAGCCCACAAACAGGGAAUCCCCUGGCUGGUGGUAGCCAUCCCGCUGCUCUGCUUCUGUGUGCUGAUAAUGAUCAUCGCCUUGACCUUCAUGGUGCUCACGGCGAGGAAGAAGCGCCAGUCGGAGGGCGCAUACAGCCCCAGUGCCCAGGAGAUGGCCGGAGCUCGGCUUGAGAUGGACAGCAUGCUCAAAGUCCCACCAGAGGAAAGACUCAUCUGA